AGUCUUAUGAUAUGCCAGGCAUGAAUAAACAAAGGGCAGCUGAUGAAGGUGAAGUGACAGUAUAUAAGAGCAGCUCAGGUUGACAAGCGCCACCCACCAUCAAGGAGCUCUUACCCGCCAGGUUCCUCAGUCCUCAUCGUCUUCAACGUCUUCACCGAGAUGCUGACUGUGUCUUUAGUUGUUUGUGCCAUGGUGGCACUGGCUACAGCUGAUGAUCCAGCUGGAGACCAUCCUCAUACAAACGUGGCAACUUGUCCAGCCAACUGGAAACAACACAACAAUCGCUGUUACUACUUUGAGUCCUCCACCAAGAACUGGGCUGAUGCUGAGGUACAAUGCCAGACCAUGGGUGGGAACCUGGUAUCAAUCCAUAAUGAUGACGAGCAUAAAUUCCUCCAGACUUUGACUCAGUCCGAAACAUGGAUCGGAGGCUCAGGUUGCCAAACGCCUGGAUCCUUUUUCUGGAUCGAUGGUACGGCCAUGACUAACACCGUCUGGUGUCCAGAAAAACCAGACAACACACUGCCAGAGUGCUGCAUCCAGACAAACAGUCAAGUUGGUAAAUGCUGGGAUGACGUCGCCUGUGAUACUUUACUACCAUAUGUAUGUGCAAGGCAUCUUUAGACUCUUUAUACUCCAGGAGGACCAAAGACUGACCUGGACCCAUACGAGUACAAGACUAUGGAAGUAUGCAUGGAGGAUUAUACCAACUGUUUUGUUUAGUUUUUUUGUUUUUUUUUGCUGUGACUGACAUGUAACCGAGGCAUCAUUUGUAAAAAUAAACACA